UCUGCGUCCCUCAGGCGAGCGAGCCAGUCUCGCAGAGCUCCCACCGCUCAGCGAUGCAGUAGAGAUUAGCCCCAGACGCGUCAGCCUUCCAGCCUGCCUGCCUGCCUGCCAGGGUGAGGGGACCAGCGCUUCACCACCGCCAACCUCUGGUGCCAACCGAGAGCCAACCCAAACUGCUGCUGCCCUCUCUCUCUCUAGCCAUGACUCUCCUGACCGAGGAGAAGCCCUGCACGUCCCCUGAGCCGGGGAGCCACAUCACGGCCAUAGAGCUCGCCCCCAGCCUGCCGGACAGAUGCUGGGGUCCCAGCAAAGACCAGGACAAGGACCCGGAGAGCCUGGACGUGGGGCUCUCCGUGUUCGGCGCGGUGGAGCCUCCUCGGCGGUCACGCGGCCGUCUCGUCCUGCACGGCAUGGUCAUGUUUGGAAGGGAAUUCUGUUACGCUGUGGAGGCAGCGUUCGUCACACCCGUGCUGCUGAGUGUGGGACUCCCGCGGAGCCUCUACAGCCUGGUGUGGCUCAUCAGUCCCAUCUUGGGCUUCCUGCUGCAGCCGGUCAUCGGCUCGGCCAGUGAUUACUGCAAAUCGCCCUGGGGCCGGCGGAGGCCCUACAUUCUUUCUCUGGGGAUUAUGAUGUUGGUCGGCCUGACGCUGUUUCUCAAUGGUGAUGCUGUCAUAUCAGCCAUAGUGCAAGACAAGACAUUGAAGACCACAUGGGCCAUUGUUGUGGUCAUGGCUGGAGUGGUCCUGUUUGACUUUGCAGCGGACUUCAUUGAUGGGCCUGUCAAGGCGUAUUUAUUUGACGUUUGCUCCUACCAGGACAAAGAGAGAGGCCUGCACUAUCAUGCUCUGCUCACGGGUCUUGGCGGUGCUUUUGGAUACCUAAUUGGAGCCAUGGAUUGGGGUCAUUCUUUCCUGGGCACUCUGCUGGGUUCCGAGUACCAGGUAAUUUAUUUUUUCUCUGCCCUGACCUGGGGCGUGUUCCUCAUCGUGCACCUGUGCAGCAUCCCAGAGAAGCCCCUCGGCCGCGAGUGCAGAGCGGACUCCUGCUCCUCCUCAGCCCCCAACACGCUCCUCCUGGGGAGGAACAACAACGCGGGCUACGGGGCUCUCCCCAAGGAGCCCUGUCCCGUGAUGGUGCCUGCACCGGAAAUCAGACCACGCUCCUUCUCAGCACUGAGCGAAGCCAACGCCGUCACACCCAGCGCCAAACAGCCCAACAAGGAAGUGCAGAAACGGAUGUCACUGAAGAGUCUGCUACUGGCCAUGAUAUAUAUGCCCAGUCACUACCGCUACUUGUGCAUCUGCCAUUUACUGGGCUGGACGGCCUUCCUCUGCAAUAUGCUCUUCUUCACUGACUUCAUGGGACAGAUUGUUUACAAGGGGAACCCGUACGCUGACCACAACUCUACGGCGUACGCCACGUAUGAGAGAGGGGUGGAGAUCGGCUGCUGGGGUCUGUGCAUCAACGCCGUGUCGUCUGCGCUCUACUCCUAUGCCCAGAGAUUGCUGCUGCCCUACAUUGGCCUGAAGGGACUCUAUUUCGUGGGCUACUUCAUGUUUGGCCUGGGCACCAGUCUCAUUGGUCUGUUCCCCAACGUCAUUGCCACCCUGACACUCUGCAGUGUGUUUGGAGUGAUGUCCAGCACAUUGUACACCAUGCCAUUCAACCUCAUCUCGGAAUACCACAAGGAGGAGGAGGAACAGAGGAAAUUGGGAACUGUGGAUUCCUCUCGGCGUGGUUGUGGCACAGGCGUGGACUGUGCUGCUCUCACGUGUAUGGUGCAGCUUGCUCAAAUCAUCGUCGGCGCUGGACUUGGGGCACUGGUCAAUCUGGCAGGCAGUGUCAUAGUGGUGGUCCUUUCAGCAUCAACAGUGUCACUUAUGGGCUGUCUCUUCAUCGCACUCUUCAUCAGACAUGUGGAUUAAACUUUGUAAAAAGUAUAUGUAUAAAAUUAUAUAAUAAAAAUACUAACUACCUUUCAUUGGCUUGUUAUUUGUGAUUUGAAAUCACAAAUUCACAAAUGGUCACAAAAUUCAUGUAAAGGAUGGUGUUUAUUUUUAUGUUGUAUUAAAGAUUUGUACAUUAA